AUGGCUCAGUUGUUGUUCAGGGAUUGUUCACCACGUCCUCCACAUCACCUCCACCACCCCCUCAGGACAUUCCCCAUUGUUCACCACGCCCUCCACAUCACCUCCACCACCCCCUCCACAUCACCUCCACCCCCCCCACCACCCCCCCUCAGGACAUUCCCCAUUGUUCACCACGUCCUCCACAUCACCUCCACCACCCCCUCCACAUCACCUCCACCCCCCCCACCACCCCCCCCUCAGGACAUUCCCCAUUGUUCACCACGUCCUCCACAUCACCUCCACCACCCCCUCCACAUCCCCUCCACCACCCCUCAGGACAUUCCCCAUUGUUCACCAUGUCCUCCACAUCACCUCCACAACCCCUCCACAUCACCUCCACCACCCCCUCCACAUCACCUCCACCACCCCUCAGGACAUUCCCCAUUGUUCACCACGUCCUCCACAUCACCUCCACCACCCCCUCAGGACAUUCCCUAUUGUUCACCACGUCCUCCACAUCAGCUCCACAACCCCUCCACAUCACCUCCACCACCCCCUCAGGACAUUCCCCAUUGUUCAUCACAUCCUCUACAUCACCUCCACCACCCCCUCCACAUCACCUCCAUCACCCACUCAGGACAUUCCCCAUUGUUCACCACCCCCUCCACAUCACCUCCAUCACCCCCUCAGGACAUUCCCCAUUGUUCACCACCCCCUCCACAUCACCUCCAUCACCCCCUCAGGACAUUCCCCAUUGUUCACCACGUCCUCUACAUCACCUCCACCACCCCCUCCACAUCACCUCCACCACCCCUCAGGACAUUCCCCAUUGUUCACCAUGUCCUCCACAUCACCUCCACAACCCCUCCACAUCACCUCCACCACCCCCUCCACAUCACCUCCACCACCCCUCAGGACAUUCCCCAUUGUUCACCACGUCCCCCACAUCACCUCCACCACCCCCUCAGGACAUUCCCUAUUGUUCACCACGUCCUCCACAUCAGCUCCACAACCCCUCCACAUCACCUCCACCACCCCCUCAGGACAUUCCCCAUUGUUCAUCACAUCCUCUACAUCACCUCCACCACCCCCUCCACAUCACCUCCAUCACCCACUCAGGACAUUCCCCAUUGUUCACCACCCCCUCCACAUCACCUCCAUCACCCCCUCAGGACAUUCCCCAUUGUUCACCACGUCCUCUACAUCACCUCCACCACCCCCUCCACAUCACCUCCACCACCCCCUCAGGACAUUCCCCAUUGUUCACCACAUCACCUCCACCAUCCCCUCCACAUCACCUCCACCACCCCCUCAGGACAUUCCCCAUUGUUCAUCACAUCCUCCACAUCACCUCCACCACCCCCACAGGACGUUCCCCAUUGUUCACCACGUCCUCCACAUCACCUCCACCACCCCCUCCACAUCACCUCCACCACCCCCAUAGGACAUUCCCCAUUGUUCAUCACAUCCUCUACAUCACCUCCACCACCCCCUCCACAUCACCUCCACCACCCCCAUAGGACAUUCCCCAUUGUUCACCACGUCCUCCACAUCACCUCCACCACCCCCUCAGGACAUUCCCCAUUGUUCACCACGUCCUCCACAUCACCUCCACCACCCCUUCCACAUCACCUCCACCACCCCCUCCACAUCACCUCCACCACCCCUUCCACAUCACCUCCACCACCCCUUCCACAUCACCUCCACCACCCCUUCCACAUCACCUCCACCACCCCCUCCACAUCACCUCCACCACCCCUUCCACAUCACCUCCACCACCCCCUCCACAUCACCUCCACCACCCCUUCCACAUCACCUCCACCACCCCCUCCACAUCACCUCCACCACCCCCUCAGGACAUUCCCCAUUGUUCACCACGUCCUCCACAUCACCUCCACCACCCCCUCAGGACAUUCCCCAUUGUUCAUCACAUCCUCUACAUCACCUCCACCACCCCCUCAGAACAUUCCCCAUUGUUCACCACGUCCUCCACAUCACCUCCACCACCCCCUCAGGACAUUCCCCAUUGUUCACCACGUCCUCCACAUCACCUCCACCACCCCCUCAGGACAUUCCCCUUGCAGCUCCAGCCACAGGCUAAUUAAUUUUGUACUUGGAACAAGUGGCCCCUGGAGCUGGUCCUCUGACAUGUGGCAGAACUUCCCGGACGUCAAACCACCCAUGUCAGGAUUUAAGAGAGGCUUGUUUUUUGUGGUCAUCAAGAAUCAUCUUAUCUAA